CUCCGCUCGGGGCCCCACGAAGCCUGCAAAGGCGGAUAGAUUAUUCAUCCGGUCCCGGCGGCGGCGUGAGGACGGACGGAAAAGCGCGCACGGAAAAGGGACACCAGCGGAAAAAUCCUGUCCGACGUGGCGCCCUGCCCUCGCCUCCCUUUUUCUCCGCCCUCUCGCUGCACCAUCCAGCAUUCCAGCCUCCAUUUCCUUUCUUGCCUGCCUGCGUCCUCUCCUCCCCUGUGAAACCGGCAGCACUCGGAAGGGUGUUCAGGCUCUGCUGGCUUGGGUCUCGGUGCACGCUCUCGCCUUCUUCUGCUGCUACUGCUGCUUGAUUCGUGCUCGCGGUGAAGACUCGGUGGCUCUUGCUGGUUCAGAAAUCUCGAGAUGGCUCGUUUUCAGGCGAGGAACGAUCAAAGUCCUGCUGCAGAUCACGUUGGCCAUGGGAACUUCAUGGAUCAUCAUCUGAAGAACACUCUGAACUGCGGCGAACUGGACUUGCCAGGAGGAGCGCGAGCCCCUAAGGCACGCAAGCCAUACACGAUAUCCAAACAGAGGGAGAAAUGGACCGAGGACGAGCACAAGCUCUUCUUGGAAGCCCUCCAGCAGCACGGCCGUGCCUGGCGCCGUAUACAAGAGCACAUAGGCAGUAAGACUGCCGUGCAAAUCAGGAGCCACGCUCAGAAGUUCUUCUCCAAGGUCAUCCGAGAAUCCUCUGGGGAUAGCAACAGCAUAGCUGCUCCACCGCAAAUUCAGAUUCCGCCGCCACGGCCCAAGAGGAGGCCAACACACCCGUACCCGCGCAAGCUGGGUAAUUCAGUCGGCAAGGGUGCCUCUGCGAUCAAACAGCUUCAGAAGCCCCUGCUGCAGACACAAUCCCUGUCUGAGCAGGAGAAUUGCUCACCAAAAUCUGUGUUAUCCACAGCACAGAUAGACUCCGACACCCUGCAAACUGAAGGUAGUGGAUCACCAGCUUCCUCGGUUUACAUGGAGGACAAAUGCCUCACACCAAGCACAUCAGUAGCACUUUCCAAGGAUGCCACCACUUCCAACGAUGUGGCAUGUGAAAUACCUGAAGGUCCAGUUCUUAGGCUAUUUGGCAAGAGGGUUGUGGUUAAUAAUUUAGAUCAGCAGCCAAGCUCCAAUACUGGGAGUCUACAACACGUGGCAGACAUGGAACUGGAUGCUUCAGCUGAGACACCAACUGGUGGAACUGGGGAGUUGCCUUCCCAUGUUGCAGAAGAAGCAAAGACAUGGUGCCCGUGGCUGACCGGUACACAGCAGAUUAUGUACUAUCUUCCUCAAGGAGAGGUGUUCUCUAUGCAUUCUGCUUGCCAAUUCCUCAACUAUGGUAAUGGAAGCAUAUCUUACGUAGUGUUGAACCAACAGACAGUUGCCUCAAAUAAGCAGCAGAACCAACCAUCUCAAGUUCCACACAGCAAGGUCACGAGGGCAGAAGGAUCAUGGACGGAGUCGAUCACAACCUCCAGCAGUGUGGCUGAAACAACUCAGAAUUCAGAUUCUAUAGAAUCUACGAAAGUAAACAACGAUGAAGACAAAGUGGUACCUGUUCCAGGUUCAAGGAAAUGUGCAAGCACAGUUCCAGCCUGCCUUCGAGGUUUUGUACCAUACAAGAAGUGCACAGCUCAAAGCAAGAUGCUGCAGCCAGAGGCAACUGGGGAGGAGGCAGAUAGAGAGAUGACAAGGCUGUGCCUGUAAAAUUUUGGGCCGCCACCGCUACUCUGGAUAUUUUUGCUGAUAUUCAAUAUGUAUGACUAGUACAGUACAGCAGUACUGAUGUUUUGCAGGAUGACCAUUCUGGCGUUCUGCUGUUACUUAUGAGACGCAGAUUGAAACUGGUGAAGCAGCCUUCCACAAAUGGAGAUGGCUGACUGACUGUGGUUCCUGUCUGCCAUUGUAUAGUACAAGACUAAUGUUUCCAUUUUCCUCUCGGAGUGUUUGUAAUUUUCCCCCGGCUGUGGAGGUUCAGAGGUCAAUGGUUUUCAUGCAGAAAGUAUUGUAAUAGUUGUAGUAGGAGACCAUAUUGUAUGACCUAUAUAUGUAAAUUAUGUAUAUUGUUUUGUGAAACAAUGAAAUGGCAGCUACACAACCGAAUGCUGCUGAGGUUUCUUCAGUUA